AAUUCAAAGAGUCGUGAGGAGCAAUCAAAGUCCAAUGCCCGGAAGCCACGUCGAGUCGUUGAGUAAACUACGUAGAAUCAUUCAAAUUAAUAGCGUAUGUUGGUGCUCAAAGAAAUUCAAGGCUAUAAAAUGCGAGGAUGUCUGCUAUUCUCAGCACGAAAACUCUCUCUAUAUCUUCACGUUACGUACAAAAAACACAUAUAGAUUGUGGUGUCGGACUAGUGUUGGAGACAUGCCGGGAAAGGAAAUUGUUGUUGUGAGUGAAAGUGAAUGGCAAAGCGUGAAGCUGCUGACGGCGGUGGAGGAUCCUUUCGGAGGCCUCACUGUGGAAAUGGCCGACCAGCCUAUGGACGCUGCUGUCUUCGCCACCAAGCUUAGAGCUUCCAUUUCUUGUUGGAGACUGCAGGGUAAGAAGGGAGUUUGGAUGAAAAUACCUAUUGAGCAAUCCAGUCUUGUUGACGUUGCUGUAAAGGAAGGAUUUUCGUACCACCAUGCGGAGCCACAGUACUUGAUGCUUAUAUAUUGGCUUCCUCAAGGAACUCAUAGUCUUCCUGGAAAUGCCACCCACCGAGUUGGUAUUGCUGCUUUUGUCAUGAAUGACAGAAGAGAGUUGCUAGUGGUCCAAGAAAAGCUUGGGUUUUUCCGGGGAAAAGGCAUCUGGAAGUUACCUACAGGAGUUGUUGAUGAGGGGGAAGACAUAUUUGCAGCUGCAGAGAGAGAAGUCAAAGAAGAGACAGGGAUUGAUGCAGAAUUUGUGGAAGUACUAGCAUUCAGACAAAGCCUCAAGGCAUUCUUUCAGAAGUCGGAUUUAUGCUUUGUUUGCAUGCUGCGACCGCUUUCCUUCGAUAUCAAGAUACAGGAAUCAGAGAUAGAUGCAGCUCGGUGGAUGCCAUUCGAGGAAUAUGUAGCACAGCCAUUUAUCCAGAAGGACGAGCUUAUGAACAACGUUGCGGACAUUUGCUUGGGAAAGAUUGAAAGGAAGUAUUCUGGAUUUACUCUGAUGCGAUCAACAUCAAGUAUUUCUGGCAAAGAGCGCGGCUUGUAUUCGAACAGACCUAGGUCAAGCUUGGAGGAAUAUGCAGCACAGCCAUUUAUCCAAGAGGACGGGUUUAUGAACAGCGUUGCGGACAUUUGCUUGGAAAAGAUUGAUAGGAAGUAUUCUGGAUUUACUCUGAUGCGAUCAACAUCAAGUAUUUCUGGCAAAGAGCGCGACUUGUAUUCGAACAGACCUAAGUCAAGCUUGGAGGAAUAUGCAGCACAGCCAUUUAUCCAAGAGGACGGGUUUAUGAACAGCGUUGCGGACAUUUGCUUGGAAAAGAUUGAUAGGAAGUAUUCUGGAUUUACUCUGAUGCGAUCAACAUCAAGUAUUUCUGGCAAAGAGCGCGACUUGUAUUCGAACAGACCAAGGCCAAGCUUGGAAAUGAGGAGUAACAUGCUCAUCAGCGGCCUAUGAUUUAAUUUGAUUUUUUUCCAAUUUUUUGUAUUCUUUGAUUUAUAUUUUAAAUGGAAGUCUUAUCUCAUGUGUGACUCCAUUUUCUAUUGUCUUUAAAUACCUUA